UAAUUCAAGAAAACAAUAAACUUUUCUUCAGAUAUUUCUCCUUCUUUUCAGUUUCUAACAGAUAGCAAUUUCAAUUCCUCAAGUUAAAUUGUUAACAUUUUUAUUUCUAAUAUCAUCCACCACUAGAUGGAGGGAGAGAAUCAAUGGAAUUGAAGAGGGAAUUAAAGAACCUUCCGAUGAUCAUAGCAGUGAAAGGUCAUCCAAUUGAAGACAGAAGCAAAGCCGUGGAACUUGCUAAGCAUCUCAGAUACUCCUUCAUUAAUCAUCAGGAUAUGGCCUCAAAUCUUCAACAAUCCUUGCCAUCCUCCUCUGACAAACCUGCAGCCACAUCCCAACUUGAUGAUUUGUGCUUCAACAUUGUCUGUCAAGUUGCCUCCACCCAGCCCAAGAUGGAGAUCAGGGUCGUCAUUAGUGCCCCGCUCCGUAAACGAAUCCACUUUGAUCAGUUGGUGAAGCUGGCACAGUCAGCAGACGGAAGUUUAAUGGCAGUCCAAUGUCAAACCCAGGAUAAGAGGGAUGAUUUCGAUGUUAGAGGGGUUGUCAAGCUCGCGGUCGACACCUUCGCGAAAAUUGCCCCUCAUAUCUGAAAGGGAAUAAGCCUAAUUAUAAAUAUUUUUCAGAGCAGCACAGGUGCGACAGCUGUAAGCUUGUUCUUAAGAAGUUAAGAGCAGACGCCACAUACAUCCUCUUGCUCUUCACUAUGGACUGGGGGAGGAUGAUCUUGAUUAUGAAUAUUCUUAAUGAAAUUUUUGUAACAAUGGCAAAAACCCAGAGAACUGGGUUUACGUGUGUGAAGGAUGUAAAUGUGUAGCUCAUAUUGCCUGUGCAAGAUGACAAAGCAGGGAAUGUUUAUCUUAUUUCUGUAAUUUGCUGGUCUAAGAAGUGUUUAUGUGCUGCAAAAUCCUCAAAUCCACCCUGAAAAAAAUCACAUGCACCCUU